CUCAUCCGCGCCGUCUCCAUGAAGCAGCACGCGUAGGACUCGGCACGCCCGGCGCGGAGGCGCACGGUGUGGAGCAUCCCAUCGCCGUCGAAGAGGUGGUGCCCCGCGCGGGGCUUGUGGAGCGGGUUCGCGCCGUUGCGGACGUAGACCCUAUCGAGGCAGGACGGGACAGGGCUGGGCGGAGGAGUUGUAGUAAGAAAGAAGAGGGCAGCGAGAGGUUGAAGAUGAUACUGAUAAUCAGGUCCCACACAUCAUUAGCAGGAGAGAGGGGAUGAGAUGGCUAACAUGAUGAGGGCAAGGGUAGUAUGGUUAUUUUCUAUGGUCGAUCCAUCCUAGCAUGAGGAGGUGACUCACCGAGUCAGCAAAAGUGGCAAAUGUGUAGCAUCGUUUGUUUCGUGAUGGUAAAUAUACAUGCUCCAACCUAAAAUAGGCUAACGAAGGAUCUUAUCCGUAAAACUGACAAAUAGUUAAAUCUCCCUCACGGUAAGUCCACGGUAAACCGACCGGCCGCCAUGGACCGCGAGGCGCUCCGCAUGGUCUGCUCGCCGCAGUUCUGGCGGAUGGCCGUCGUCUGGACCCUCUCCCUCCUCCACUCCUACCUCCUCGUCUUCCUCCGCGGCCGGGUGGCCGCCACCCCUCGCCGCCGGCGACCCCGGCCCGGCGGCGGCCGCCGCCCAAUCUGCGUGGUUACAGGGGCUACGUCGGGGCUCGGGAGGGCGGCUGCGGCGGCGCUGGCGCGGGAGGGCUACCACGUCGUGCUCGCUGGACGUUCCACACAGCUGUUAUUUGAGGUAUUACAUAUGGUGUUUGCGCUAGACGUAUUAUGCUAUUCUUUACUGCUGUUAUCAUUGCCAUCCUCUGUGGAACAGACUGUUCAAGAUAUUCGGAGGCAACAACCAGAUGCCCAUCUGGAAACAUUUCAACUGAACUUGGCAUCCUACAAGUCAAUAAAGAAGUUUGGAACUUCUCUGAAGCAGUGGAUUCAGGAGACAAGUUCAGAGCCUGCUAUCCAGCUUUUGGUUAAUAGUGCUGGCAUAUUAGCAAAGUCGCAUCGAGUAACUGAGGAUCGGCUUGAUGAGAUGAUACAGACAAACUACAUUGGUCCCUUUAUCCUGACCAACAUUCUUUUACCAUUGCUGAAGAACAGCUCAGUGCCUUCUCGAGUGGUUAAUCUAACAUCUUUCACACACAGAUGUGUGUCAGGUAUUGAUGUUUCUGAGGAUGCAUUGAGAGGGAUGAAAUUUGGCCAGUGCUCAGCAGGGGAAAACUACCCCUUAGCUUGUACUUAUGAGUACACCAAGCUUUGUUUACUGAUGUUCUCAUAUGAGCUUCAUCGACAGGUUCACAUGUCAUCUGGUGUCUCUGUCAUUGCUGCUGAUCCUGGUGUUGUGGAAACGAAGAUCAUGCGAGAGCUUCCUGAGUGUGUCUCUUGGUUCGCAUUCUUGGUUCUACGCUUCCUGAAACUCCUGCAGGAACCUGAUACCGGGGUUGGUGCCGUCCUUGACGCUGCUUUGGCACCGCCUGAAGAAUCUGGGAAGUAUUUCUUUGGAGGGAAAGGAAGAACGAUCGGAUCCUCCCGGCUGUCGUACGACACGGAAGUAGCCAAGAAGCUGUGGGCAGAAUCGUCGGCGGUGUUCAAGGAGCUGCUGCUUAGAGAAGGCGAUUUCAGGGACAGUUAAAAGAAAUACGGAAAAUUAGAUAAUUAUUACAUCUUGUUUGUAUUUUUUGUAGUGAAGGAAAUUUUAGGUCGGUCUUGUUCUGUAUCUGCUGCUUCCUGUUAACUUGGAAGCAGCGAUCAUGAGGUAAUGCUAGCGCUAAGAAAACAUUGGAGAUUCUUUUCUUUCCAAUGUUUAAAUGCAUAAUACGUAUGCAAAAAAGGAAACCAAGGUAUGUCCGAGACAA